ACCCUAAACCCCAUUUUGUCUACACACGCCUAUAUAAUGACAUAACCCUAAAACCCUUAAAGAUCAUCUCUUUCUCAUUCUCAUUUCUUAGUGGCCUCCCGUUGCGAGCCAGUCUCAUCUUCAGGAACUUGUUCUUUUGGAAGUCAAGUUAAUAAAAAACUUUCAAAUUGGAUUGACAAAAUGUCGAACCCCAAGGUCUUCUUUGACAUCCUUAUUGGAAAAAUGAAGGCUGGCCGAGUUGUAAUGGAGUUGUUUGCUGAUGUUACCCCGAAAACCGCAGAAAACUUCCGUGCCCUCUGCACUGGAGAGAAAGGUCUUGGGGUAUCAGGGAAGGCACUGCAUUACAAAGGCUCAACCUUUCACCGGAUCAUCCCAAAUUUCAUGUGUCAAGGUGGAGACUUCACCAGAGGUAAUGGGACUGGAGGAGAGUCUAUUUAUGGUAUGAAGUUUGAGGAUGAGAACUUCAAGCUGAAGCACACUGGCCCUGGUAUUCUUUCAAUGGCGAACUCUGGAAGAAACACCAAUGGCUCUCAGUUCUUUAUUUGCACCGACAAGACCGAGUGGCUUGAUGGGAAGCAUGUAGUGUUUGGGAAAGUUGUUGAUGGAUAUGGUAUAGUCAAAGAAAUGGAGAAGGUUGGUUCAGGUAGUGGAGUGACUUCUCAACCUGUUAUCAUUGAAGAUUGUGGACAGCUGACUGAGAACUAAUAGUGUAGAAAUGGUGAAAUGAAGAUUCCAAGCAACUUGUUUUUUUGCUUUUGCUUGAGGCCUUUCAAGGAAAUAAGAAAUGUUCAAAUGCAAAGGGUGAAUCCCAUGCUGUAUUUAGUUUAACUCAAUUUUCAUAAUAUUUGACUCUGUAUAUUUUAUGGUUUGAUACUUUAAUAUAAUUUCGUAUUCAUGAAA